UUAGUAAAACUGGUCCGGAUUUCAAACAAUAAUAAUGAGUGUGUUUGGAAGAGUGUAAUGAAGGGUUUGUUGCUAACUUUCUUUGAAUAUCCCUAAAAUUUAAUGCAAACCAGAACAACAAAAUAUACCACACAACAUACAAUAUGCAUUUAACAAUCAUUCUGAUGGUUAAAUGUGUGAGUUGGUGUCACAAUAGUCCUUGAAUGUGUCAAAACUACAAAAGCAUACAAUAUGCAUUAUUUUGAUGGUUAAAUGUGUGAGUUGAUGUCACAAUAGUCCUUGAAUGUGUCAAAAUUACAAAAGCAUACAUAAAUGUGUUUUGUUAGUCAGCUUUAUCCUUGAUCGUGUCUUUAGUUAGUUAGUUAGUUCAGUACUCAGACGUGUCUUUAGUUAGUUAGUUAGUUCAGUACUCAGACGUGUCUUUAGUUAGUUAGUUAGUUCAGUACUCAGACGUGUCUUUAGUUAGUCAUUUUUGUCCUUGGUCAUUUUUUUUGUCAGUUUUAUCCUUGAUCGUGUCUUUAGUUAGUUAGUUAGUUCAGUACUCAAAUGUGUCUUUAGUUAGUCAUUUUUGUCCUUGGUCGUUUUUUGUUAGUCAGUUUUACCCUUGAUCGUGUCUUUAGUUAGUUAGUUAGUUCAGUACUCAGACGUGUCUUUAGUUAGUCAUUUUUGUCCUUGAUUGUGUCUUUAGUUAGUCAGCUUAGUACUCAGACGUGCCUUUAGUUACUAACAACAUAGAUACUAAGGAAGGGAUACUUGGGGAUGUAUUUGCAAUUAAUACAUUUAAGGACUACAGUAACAAUAAAGCGUCUCACCAGUGUUAUCAAAUAGUGGCGCCAUGGCUGCUAUGGCAGAUAUACAUGGCGGUUUUUGGGCUCGCCACAAAUGAUAAAUAUUUGCUGAUAUUGCGGGUUUUUCCGCUAUAACAGCGCCGCGAAGCGGCCGGUAUGGUGGGAUUUUGGCUCACACGUUUAAAAACUAAAAUGGUUGUUUACCUAAAACGAAAACAACAAUUGAUGAAGAAGGUUGAACCUGAACCAUUGGCAAACACUAGCAUUUUUCUUGGUUUUGGUUGUAAAGCAAUAAAGAAAUAAACACACCCUUUAUGUAAAUGAUGUGAGAAAUUUUUAAAGAAUGAGCAACAACAUAGAAGAAAGAACCUUUGGCAAACAUAAAUUUGCAUUUUCAGAGAUUCUGUACUAAAGCAAAGCAUGACUUAAGUGUAACACACGAUUCUAUACUAAGGCAAUGCAUGCAAAUAAUUCUGUAUAAGUCCAUGAACAAACAAAAUCAACCAUAUCUACAAACGAACAAAGCAAAAGCAAAAGGCAAAGUGGUCGACUUAAUCAUCUUUACCUUUAACUUUAACCUCCUCUGCAAUAUGAUGUUUAUUUAUUGCUUCUUUUUCAUCCACAACCCAUCACAUAACAUAACCUUUACCAGAACAUGUUCUUUCUUUUAUGCAACGUAUAUAUAUAACAACCCCAAAAAGAAACCAUUCACAUUCUCAUCUAUUCUAUUAUUCUAAACAAACAACACAAAGCCACAAAGAAAUGGAGAUAUUAUCACAAAUGUGGUCAUUGUUAGGGUUACUUACAGUGCUCCAAAACGUGCUUCCAUCACAGCUUCUCUCUGUGCUUCAUUCAGUGUAUGAAUCUCUUCAAGAUUUGCUUUCUCCAUAUUCCUAUUUCGAAAUCCCCGAAUUCAACGGCUACUGCGGAGUUGAACUCAACGACCUCUACCGUCACGUCCACCUUUACCUCAACGCCGUCAACCACUCCACAGCCUCCGCAUGCCGUCGUCUCACGCUCUCACGUUCCCCUUCCUCCAACCGCAUCUCAUUCGCCGUAGCUCCAAACCACACCGUCCACGACACGUUCAACAACCACCGUCUCUCCUGGACACACCACGUCGACGCCGUGCAGGAUUCCCUGGAAGAAAAACGCAGCUUCACUCUCCGUUUCCCAAAGCGUCACCGUCACGCGCUCCUCUCAUCUUAUCUCUCACACAUCACCUCACGCGCCGAGGAUUUCGAGCGCGUCUCACGUGAACGGAGACUCUUCACUAACAACAACGGAACCGGUUCGUUCGAAUCCGGUUGGGUUUCCGUUCCGUUUCGCCACCCUUCCACUUUCGAAACCCUAGCAUUGGAACCAGAUUUGAAGAAACAAAUCAAAGACGAUUUAACCGCUUUCGCUUCGGGUAAAGAGUUUUACCACCGGGUCGGGCGAGCUUGGAAGCGUGGAUACUUGCUCCAUGGUCCACCCGGAUCGGGUAAAUCAAGCCUCAUUGCAGCAAUGGCGAAUUUUCUAUGCUACGAUGUCUACGAUUUGGAACUCACCAAAGUUUCUGAUAACUCAGAGCUUCGUUCGCUUUUGAUCCAAACGACGAACCGUUCCAUUAUCGUAAUCGAAGACAUUGAUUGCUCUGUUGAUUUAACAGCAGACAGAACCGCGAAGAAAAAUGCUGCAACUGCAAAGUCGAAGAAACACAAAACGACGUCGUUUUCGGGUUCGGGUUGUGAUGAUAGGAGUCGGGUCACACUUUCGGGGCUCCUGAAUUUCACUGACGGGUUAUGGUCUUGUUGUGGAGAAGAGAGGUUAGUGGUUUUUACAACUAACCAUAGAGACAGUGUUGAUCCUGCGCUUGUUCGGUGUGGACGCAUGGACGUGCACGUGAGUUUAAGCACGUGCGGGGUGCAUGCGUUUAGGGAGUUAGCGAGAAACUACCUUGGCGUGGAGUCGCACGUGAUGUUUGAGGCGGUGGAAGGGUGUAUUCGUUCAGGUGGGUCCCUUACGCCGGCGCAUGUGGGGGAGAUUUUGUUGAGGAAUAGGAAGGAUGCUGACGUGGCAAUGAGGGAGGUUUUGUCUGUUAUGCAAGGUAAGAUGGUUGUUGCGGCGGUUGCUGGUGGUGAUCAGACGGAUAAUGAGGAUGUUGGGGUGGUCGGAGUGAGGUCGCCGGAGAGUGUGCUUAUGAUGGGGUCGCCGGAAAAUUGGGACGGUUUGAGUGGGAAGAAGAGGAAAGAGCAGCAACAUGGGUCGAGUAAUUUGGAUAAGAAGGUUAAGUUUUUUGUUAGGUUGAGGUCGUUGACCAAAUCUGAUUCUGGGAGAUAGUGUAUUUUUUAGAAGGAAAUUAAAUGCAAGUGUGUUAUGAAACAUGUGGGUUUAGUGUUGCAUUAUGUUGUAAAGGAUAUUAAUGCAUGAUUUGAUUCCUCUGUUUA